AAAUUGUAGUUUAUAACAAUAUUUUGAACAAAAUAAGUUUCGUCGAUUUAUAGGAGCAGCGGAAGAUACGUAAAAAUAGAGGAAAAACACCAUGGAAAAUUUGGCGCAAAGGAAAUUUCCAGCCAGUUCAAAGGAUUACAAGUUGUACGAAGAGGUUGGUGAAGGUGGCAGUGCCACCGUGUACAGAGCACUCUGCAUUCCGCUUAACGAGAUCGUUGCCGUCAAAGUUUUCGAUCUGGAGAAGUGCCAGAGUGACAUGGUAUGUGUCAUGCGCUGUAUUGCAUGUAGAGCUCCGAUCCGAUCGAUAUUGGUUCAUUGGAUGUUGAUGGUGUUUGUACUAUAUUUGUUUUUGGGAUCGUUUGUACAGGACGCCAUUCGUCAAGAAGUACAAACUAUGAGCUUGAUUGAGCAUCCAAAUCUUCUGAGACAAUAUUGCUCUUUCGCAACUGGCAGCAGCCUCUGGGUUGUGAUGCCUUACAUGGCCUGCGGAUCAUGUCGUUACAUUAUGCAAUCUGCUUAUCCAGAUGGUUUUGAACAGCCUGUUAUCGCCACCUUGUUGUACGAAGUUAUAAAAGCUCUUGCUUAUCUUCAUGCCCAAGGACUCAUUCAUAGAGAUAUUAAGGCUGGGAAUAUAUUGGUUGAUUCAAAAGGAGCAGUUAAGUUGGCAGACUUUGGGUUGGUGGCAAGCAUGUUUGAUACUGGUAGUAGACGACGUUCAAGAAAAACGUUUGCUGGAACUCCAUGCUGGAUGGCUCCAGAAGUUAUGCAGCAAUUGCAUGGAUAUGACUUCAAAGCAGACAUUUGGUCAUUUGGAAUAACAGCUCUAGAACUUGCUCAUGGUCAUGCACCGUUCUCCAAGUAUCCACCUAUGAAGGUAUUCCUGAUGACCGUACAAAAUGCACCACCUGGUCUUGACUAUCACAGGGACAAGAGAUUUUCAAAGUCAUUUAAAGAGAUUGUAGCUGCUUGCUUAGUAAAGGAUCCAGUGAAGCGCCCUACAGCAGAGAAGCUUUUGAAGCACCGUUUCUUCAAAUAUGCACGUUCAAAUGAAAUUCUGGCUCGGACUAUUCUGGAUGGCCUUUCUCCACUUGGUGAACGUUUUAGGAUGCUGAGGGAAAAAGAGGCCGACCUUGUGCACAAUAAGGCAAUGUAUGAAUCACAGCGAGAGUACAUACGGGGAAUCAGUGCAUGGAAUUUUGAUCUAGAGGAUUUGAAAAGGCAGGCUGGUCUUAUUCAGGAUGAUGAUGGAUUUGACGACUUAGCUGUUCUAGCAGAGAAACCGUCAGGGGAAAGGUUGAAUCAUUCUAAUGUAGCAGAAUCUACAUCCUCGCAGGAGGAUGGGCGUCAUUAUCUUCGUCGUGUUGGUAGUUCUCCAGCUAUAUCUCCUGUUCAAUCUCGUGAAGCACUUGGCGAUCAAUUGCUACAUCUUCAAAAUAGAGAUAAGAGGAAACUUUCAUCUGCAGAGGAUGCAUUCCACGAAAUGGGUUUCCAAAACAAGGGCUGGUUCACAAUCAAAUUUGCAGAUUCCAGACCUAAGGAUGCUCCAAAUAGCCUCAUCAACCCUUUUUCCAGACAGUCAAUAAAUUCUAUGCCUUCCACAGGCACCUACGUUCUUCUCAGGGUGCAGUCUAUGUUACAGCAGAAUGCAAUACAAAAGGAACAAAUAGUAAGAUUAAUUAGAUAUGUUAAUGAAACCACAGGUAAUAAUAUAGAGUAUCCAGGGGAAGCAGGCAACGACGAUAGCCUACAGACGUCUCUAGCCUCUGCAAGGGAGAGUGUCUUACAAGAUGAGGUGAUCAGUAUGGAACAAAGCAUUAAGGAACUUUUUGAAGAGUUACAGAGAUGGAAGAUAAAAAAUACAGAGCUGGAAAAGCAAUUAACUGCUUUGGGUGACAAGUAGGGGCCAUUGGGCCACUUAUGGACUCAUGAGGGAUUUGUUUAAACCUAAAAAGUCUCCUAUAUUCUCAAUUUCGAGAUUCAAAUGCAUAAAUAUCUAUUUGUAAAUUAUACUUUUUUUUUAAAA